AUGAUUCUUGUUCUUCUUACAAUCUUUCUUGGUUGGGUUUUGUUCGAUCAGUUCUACUGGAGGAGAAGGCACCUACCACCAGGUCCUAUACCCUUACCUAUAGUUGGAAACUUGCAUACACUGCUUCGUUUUGAGCCUGGAUAUGCCGCAUUUGAAAAAUGGAGUAAAGAGUAUGGUCCAGUAUACACCUUCUGGUUGGGAAGCAAAGCUAUGGUCAUGAUUACGGAUUAUGAAAUUAUCAAAGAGACCUUCAUACGUAAUGGCGACGACUUUGCUGAUAAAUACGACUUCGGUGAAAUGACUACUGAAUAUAGAGGAGGUAAAUAUGGAGUCGUAGAUACAAAUGGCGAUUUCUGGAGAGAUCAUCGUCGAUUCACAUUGCAUCAGCUUAGAGAUUUAGGUCUGGGCAAGAAUGCAAUGGAAGAGAGAGUACUUAUCGAGGUCGAAGAGCUCACAAAGAGUCUGUUGCAAAAGAAAAAUGGACGUGUAGAAAAAAUGCAGGAUAUCAUUGAUAUUGGAGUAGGAUCCAUUAUUAAUCAACUGUUAUUCGGAUAUCGAUUCGAUGAAAAUUGUCGUGAUGAGUUUAUGACACUCAAAGAUUUGCUCUCAGAUCAGAUGCGCCUAUUUGGUAAACCUCAAUUUCUUGUAAUCAGCGCUUUCCCCAAAGUCGCUAAGUUACCUUACUUCAAAGGAAUGAUGGACGAAGUCCUUUUGGGCCGCGACAAAAUCUUCGAGUUCUUAAACAAACAAAUUGCUGCUCAUAUGGAAGAUAUGAAAAAUAGAGACUCAGAAGAACCUACAGACUUUACGGAAGCAUUUCUGGAGGAAAGGAAGAACAGGGAAAAAAAAGGGGAUUUCUCAUCAUUCUGCCAUUUACAACUUUUGAACAUGUGCUUUGAUCUAUGGACCGCUGGAAUGGAAACCACUUCCAACACACUGACUUGGUGUCUUGUGUAUGUAAUGAACCAUCCAGAUGUACAGAAAAAAAUGCAUGAAGAGAUGGAUAAGAUCAUUGGUUCCGAUAGAGUCAUAACCAUGUCUGAUAAAAACCAGCUGCCAUAUGUAAAUGCUGUUAUUAACGAAACUCAACGCUUGGCAAACUUGCUGCCGAUCAAUCUUAUGCAUUUAGUCAGAAAAGACUGUGUGAUGAAUGGACAUUCAGUGAAAGCUGGCUCAGGAAUCAUAGCACAAAUUUCGAGCGUUCUAUAUGAUGAAAAGAUAUUCCCUGAGCCUUACAAGUUCAAACCUGAACGAUUCAUAGAUGAACAAUGUCUGGGCGAAGGACUGGCGAGAAUGGAGUUGUUCUUGUUUGCUGCAAAUGCUUUCAACCGCUUCAAGUUUGAACCCGAUGGAGAGGUACCAACGAUGAGGAAGGUGUUUGGUACAACAGUAGCACCGUUAGCAUCAAACUGUAGAGCUGUGUAUAGAUUUUGA